ACCUGUUCCUUCACGAAGCUGAGCCAAGUCUACUUUUCCCUGCUAAAGUAUAGAAAAAGCGUCCGAACGUUUGAAUGCAUUUAUCAUUGGAUACCAUGAGUGCGGUGGAUGACAGCUGCCUCUCGCCCAGUAACUUCCACGAGAUGGUGAAAGGAGGGGGGGCGGUGAUGGGCGGCCGCGUCCACAGCAUUGAUGUCAUCCUGGGCUUCAGCAAAGACCAGGACCCCCUGCUCACCCCCUCUGAGGGUCCAGGACCACACAAAGUGGGCGUGGAUGGCCUGGGGGACCCUGGGAAGCAGGACCUGUCACACCCCUAUGGGCACCUCUCAGAACAGGAGUCCUACCAUGCAUAUGUGAAUCUCUUCUUUCUCCCUAUCGGCUCUACAGAUUCAGGACUGUAUUUAGAUAAGUGUGAUGGGGACAUGAGUGAGCUGAGGAAGAAUGUGGACAGCAACGGUGGGAAGAGUCCAGAGCCCUGCGAGGAAGAGCGGCCCAAGAAGAAGCACCGACGCAACCGCACCACCUUUACCACCUACCAGCUGCACGAGCUGGAGCGUGCCUUUGAGAAGUCCCACUACCCUGAUGUGUACAGCCGUGAGGAGCUGGCCAUGAAGGUUAACCUCCCUGAAGUCAGAGUUCAGGUGUGGUUUCAGAACCGCAGAGCCAAAUGGAGGCGCCAGGAGAAGCUUGACGCCACCACCAUGAAGUUGCACGACUCACCCAUGCUCUCAUUUAACCGGCCGUCCAUGCACAGCAAUAUGGGGCCCAUGAGCAACUCCCUCCCAUUGGACCCUUGGCUGACCUCCCCUCUGUCCAGCACCACCCCAGUUCAUAGCAUCCCAGGCUUCAUGGGCACAGGCCAGGGACUGCAGGGAGGCUACCCCAGCCACAGCUUCCUCAACAGCCCUCCACCCAUGGGCCAGGGGAUGCAAUCCAUGGCACCUCCUCCGUACCAGUGUUCCGGUCCCUUCACCGAUAAGUAUCCAAUGGAGGACGUGGACCAGAGGAGCUCCAGCAUCACAGCGCUGAGGAUGAAAGCCAAGGAACACAUCCAGUCCAUGGACAAAACCUGGCAGCCCAUGUGAUGGGAUAUUGACACUGUGUUUCCAGGCAUGACUGGGAUUUUUUUGUCCGUGCGACAGGAUUGCAGUGAUGGCACCGAGAAAUGCACAGUUAUGACUCCUGAUAUAUCUAAGAUUUCCAGCACCAGCAACCUUUAUAUUAGAAUGGUUCUUGGUCUCUAUUUUGAGUUCAUUUUCUACUAGUAAUGUGAAGGAUUGGAAAUUGAUGCAUAUUUUGUGUGCCACCAUCCAGAAAGGACCCUAUGACUCAGAAUGUCAAGAAAGGCCUUGCAAAUGUAAAUUAACAAGCAAGCAUUUUCCAAAAGGGCUGCGAGGACUGCUCCAGUUAACAGAGUUAUGGUGGAAGGCAGCGAGACACAAGUGUUACAUGAUUUUUUUAUGUUGUUUUUUAAGAUGAACUUUUAUGAAGCAACUGGAACAACGAUUCCCCUAGACACUAAUUGCCCUUUAUGGCAACUUUUUGAUUUUGAUCCUUAUCUCAAAGUUUGGAUGCCGUAACCAAGGCAACAAAUACUUCCUCAGUAUUCCUGUAAAAAUGCAAACCCUGUACACGCUAGUUAAGUUUGUAAUGCAGAUAACUCAGACUGUCCAUGUGUUAAUUUUGUUACUCAUUAUUUAACUUUUUGUAAGAGUAGUUUUAAUAUUUUGUACCUUGCUGUUAGCCAUGAAUCUAAUAAUGAAGUCCCCUCCAGAUCCUUUCACAAAAUACAUUUUGUAGAGUGCUCACUCACGGUCACAUUUAACUCUGCAAAUUAAGGUUUGUGUAUUUUUCAAAUUAAUUCAAUUGUCUAAUUUGUCAUGAAUGUUAUGGGCCAAUUAACCAGCCAUUCUCUCAGUAUUUGUGAAUGGACAUGCCAUGUCUCCCAUAAUAGUAGUUGAAGGUUGUGGCUGUGUGAAUCACUAUGCCUAUGACCCUGAAAAACAUAGUCAUUCAUCUAGUUAUGAUGGUCAGGUUAUUUCAACACCUGGAGAAAAAGAAAACAAGGGCCACCUCCCCGAAGAUGGGGAACACUAUAUUUCUGUCUGGUAACUGCAGUUACAGUGGAGAGCCUCUGUCCACACUGUGGGUUGUGGGGUCAUGGUUGACAUGUCCUGGCUCUGGCUGGAGUACGCUUUCAGCUGAGGAUGCGUAAGACAAUCUGUCAUGCUAUUUAAUUUGAAAAGACGUGAACAUUAACACUCAAUCAACUCAACUGAAAGUGAUUUAGUCUUAAUUGACUAAAAUGAUGAUUGUCCUGAGACUAACUCCAGACUGCAUACACACAUAAACACUCCAGACAGCACACACACUGAUAUCAACAACUUCUUUCACAGAAGUGCUGGCAGGUCAAACAACGUGAGGCUCUUGUUCCUUGAGAAUGAUUCUUGAGGAGUGGUACAUAUCAAAAUCAAAUCUCUGAAUUGUAUGGCACCCUCAGUGUGUGACAUCUUGAUUAACUGAGGAAGAAAAUAUCUGUUUUAGUUUUGGAUUGGAGCUGCUAAACAUGUUUGGGUCAGUCAAACAGAGUGUUGUAUGGCGUAAGCCUCGUACAGAGAGAGAAUGGAAGCCAGGCGACCUCCUUCUCACACAGUAGGGGUUGGAAGAGGACAGGGGAACAGAGCGAAGAGGCCACUAAAGUAACCUAUUUUUGUCUCAGUGGCUGUUGGAGAAGGCAGCUUGGCUUUCCGUCACUGUGUGUACAUGCAGAGCAGCAGAAGGAGAAUGGUCUGAUGUCACCCCACAUAGUUUUGUCUUUGUUGGCACAAUUGAUCCAAGACCAUCUUCUUUGUCUAAAGUUCGAGGGGGAAAAUGGUCACAGACUGCACUAAAUAGGCCUCUGGGAAUUAAAAAAGAGCAUGAAUUGUCUAUUUUAUCAUGAAUGUUUUUUUGUAAUUCUAAGUCAAAGAGAUGAGCUACUACAUGGGGUGUACAGGUCCAUUGUGGCAUUAUGUUUUGAUAAUGACUGCAUGUAUAUUUAAUAUGGCAUUGGGGAGAUUGGGUCCCCAUUAACUGGUUUGUGUAUGGUAAAACUUUUUUUACUCCAAUCACCCCUGUAUACUGCACAUUGUAAAAUGACAAUAUGUCAUAUAUAGGGCUAGGUAGAAUUAAUAAUUUCUGAUGGAAAAUAAUUUAGCAUUUAGAUUUUUCUGAGACUUUCUACAGAUAUUAACAUUAUUUAUCCUAAUGUAAUUGAAUAUGCGCAAGGGAUAACAUUUAAUUAUUUUAAUUUCAGUGAUAUCUUUUAGACUAUUACAAUAUGAAGGAAAUCAAUUCCUUCACACAAAAUGUAUAUUGUUGCAGCAUUUGAUUUAAAAGGAAACUCAAAAUGUAUUUUCUGCCAGACUAACAGAGAACAACUGUUUGAAAAAGUUGCAGACUCACCACAGACUUGUCAAUUCAUCCAACUUACUGUGAAUUUUCCAAAGUAUUUUCAAUGUAUUACUGCACCUAUAAAGCUGUCUUUUUGUCAUAGACGGUAAUAGCACCAUCGGACAAUACUUAAAAGAAUAUUAUAUCUUUUUUUUACUGAUGUGUUAUGGGAUUCUAUGAUAAACUCUCACUAUCAUCAUUGUUGUUUUGCUAAUUAUGCCCUAAUACCGUUGAAGACGGAAGUUGACAUACACUUAGGUUGGAGUCAUUAAAAUUCAUUUUCAACCACUCCACAAAUUUAUUUUUAACAAACUAUAGUUUCUGCAAGUCGGUUAGGACAUCUACUUUGUGCACGACACAAGUCAUUUUUACAACAAUUGUUUACAGACAGAUUAUUUCACUGUAUCACAAUUCCAGUGGGUCAGAAGUGUACAUACACUAAGUUGACUGUGCCUUUAAACAGCUUGGAAAAUUCCAGAAAAUGAUGUCAUGUCUUUAGAAGCUUCUGAUAGGCUAUUUGACAUAAUUUGAGUCAACUGGGGGUGUACAUAUGGAUGUAUGUCAAGGCCUACCUUCAAACUCAGUGCCUCUUUGCUUGACAUCAUGGGAAAAUCACAAGAAAUCAACCAAAACCUCAGAAAAAAAUUGUAGACCUCCACAAGUCUGGUUCAUCCUUGGGAGCAAUUUCCAAACGCCUGAAGAUACCACGUUCAUCUGUACAAACAAUAGUACGCAAGUAUAAACAUCAUUUAAAAAAAAAAUUUUUUAUCCCAUUUUCUCCCCAAUUUUCGUGGUAUCCAAUCGCUAGUAAUUACUACCUUGUCUCAUCGCUACAACUCCCAUACGGGCUCGGGAGAGACGAAGGUCGAAAGCCAUGCGUCCUCCGAAGCACAACCCAACCAGCCAUACUGCUUCUUAACACAGCACGCCUCCAACCCGGAAGCCAGCCGCACCAAUGUGUCGGAGGAAACACCGUGUACCUGGCCCCCUUGGUUGGCGCGCACUGCGCCCGGCCCGCCACAGGAGUCGCUGGAGCACGAUGAGACAAGGAUAUCCCUACCGGCCAAACCCUCCCUACCCCGGACGACGCUAUGCCAAUUGUGCGUCGCCCCACGGACCUCCCGGUCGCGGCCGGCUGCGACAGAGCCUGGGCGCCAACCCAGAGACUCUGGUGGCGCAGUUAGCACUGCAAUGCAGUGCCCUAGACCACUGCGCCACCCGGGAGGCCGACAUUUCACAUUCUUAAAAUAAAGUGGUUAUCCUAACUGACCUAAGACAGGGAAUUUUUACUACGAUUAAAUGUCAGGAAUUGUGAAAAACUGAGUUUAAAUGUAUUUGGCUAAGGUGUAUGUAAACUUCCGACUUGAACUGUAAAUAGGCUGUUCAUUUUUUCCUAAUUUACCUGCAGUUGUCUUGUUUUUAUGUUUUAUGUUGUUGUCUUUAGCUCUUAACUCUUGUCAGAUAUUUUUGGGGCCUAACGCCCAACAGAGAAACAGAGUUAGCUUGCACAUUAAAAGAUAUGUUAAGAAAUGUUUGUUCAUCAUGUGGUACUGGGACCAAGAAUAAGCCAAAGUUUAGAUAUUGUUUAAAAAAUUCACUAGAAACUUGAGAAGUUCAUUUUAGAUUUAUAUCUGAAAAUAUACAGGACACUUUUUAAUUCCCUGUAUAACAAUCAAUUUGUUAUGUGUUCUAGUUCUCCUACUGUUUACUUUGAUUUUGUCUGAAAUGUUGAUGUCCAUGUU